GAGGGAAGGCGGCGGCGGCGGCGGCGGCGGGCAGGGAGGCGCCGGACCUGGCGGCGCUGCCGCGCUCGGCUCCCCCCGGCUCCCCCAUGGCCGCGGGCUGCAGGGACGGCCCGGGGCAGGAGAAGUACCGGCUGGUGGUGGUGGGCGGCGGCGGCGUGGGCAAGUCGGCGCUCACCAUCCAGUUCAUCCAGUCCUAUUUUGUUACGGAUUAUGACCCUACAAUCGAAGACUCCUACACCAAACAAUGUGUGAUAGAUGAAAGAGCUGCACGCUUGGACAUUCUGGAUACAGCUGGCCAAGAAGAAUUUGGAGCCAUGCGUGAACAGUACAUGAGGACAGGAGAGGGUUUUCUCCUGGUUUUCUCAGUCACUGAUAGAGGAAGUUUUGAAGAAAUCUAUAAGUUUCAACGACAGAUUCUUAGAGUGAAAGAUCGUGAUGAGUUUCCUAUGAUUCUAGUUGGUAAUAAAGCAGAUCUGGACCACCAAAGACAGGUGACACAAGAGGAAGGUCAGCAGCUAGCACGACAACUUAAAGUAACCUACAUGGAAGCCUCAGCAAAGAUCAGAUUGAAUGUAGACCAAGCUUUUCAUGAACUUGUCAGAGUUAUAAGGAAAUUUCAAGAACAAGAGUGCCCUCCUUCACCAGAGCCAACACGGAAAGAGAAAGACAAAAAAGGCUGCCAUUGUGUAAUUUUCUGAGAAUCCCAAGAGCCAAGCUAUCAACUGCCAGUUUAUUAUUUUUUUUCUUUCCAUCAUUUUACAUCACUUCUGGUAUUGGUCUAGCCUUAUAUGUGCAUGUCCUAAAAGUGGUCACCAGAAUAGCCUUAGUCCAAGAAGCUGGCAGAAUAGUUCUUGAAGACUCGGUCAUCUUGGGGCAGACUUCACAACAAAACACUAAGGCUGCUUCUUUAAUACCACAGUUCCUUCCUUCUCUCCCUUUAAGAGCUUGCACCUUGUGGAGUUUUAUUCGCAAAGGAGAUGAAACAAAACCGUGUAGGACAAGGUGUUGAAGUCACGCAUAAGUUGUCUCUUGUGAAUUAAUUUAUUUUCACUUCUGAUGUUUCGUUAGCUAUUACAAAGACCUAUAUUGAAUUACAGAGAAUACUUUUAAAAAAUGUGGGUGGAUUGGCUUUUUUGCCCUCAGUUAAAUUAGACUUGAGUAUUCAGCUAGCCUUAAGAAACCUACACUGAAUUUCAUUGUCAGCAAAAUUUUUCAUCUCUUAUUUAUGCUGCAGUUUUAUUUCAGUGGCCAAAACAGUCUACUGUAUUUAUUUUCUGAAUCCAGAACAGCUACGGGAGGAUUACUGCUACUAUUAGAAUAUGGCCAAAUACCUGAGCUCAUUCUGGAUUGAGGCAUUUCAGCUUCUUAUGAAAUUUCACAUCAUUGUUUGGGGGGCGGGGGGGGUAAAAAGAAAAUUGUCUUCCUUUGUAUUUCUGGGUAAGGGAUUAAGGAAAACUAAAAUUGUAGCUGUUUUUUUUUUCAUGUGAUAUAAAAAUGAAUUUGAUCUUUCCAUUGUCAGAGAUGAUUAAAUGUUUUUGCUAUAUACUUUUAUACAUUAUUUUCUUAUCAAACUAGUUAACAAGUAUUUUUAUAUGUUUGUAAGCAAAUAUGCUUUCACAGCAUAACUUGUGUAUAUGUAAAGAUGAGUAUUUAAUUCUCACAGUUCACUUUUAACUGACAAAAUGUGGGAUUUGCCAAACUGUGGUAAACUUCUCCUUACUCUCCUGGUUAUACCCAUGAAUGGCCAAUUAUGUGCCUGCCCAACGCACCCAUAGAGUAAAAUCUAGUGUUGUUUUAAUCAAUUUCAGUACCCUUUACUAAAGACUGACCAUUAUGUGAACUAUUAAACUGUAAGACUUUUAACUGAUUGUUUAGUUAAACCGUGGAUGGUUGUUUUAAUUUUCAGUUCUGUGGAUUGUGUUUAAACAAUUCAAGAGUAUGUUCCCUGAUAUUGAAAUACUGAGUGGUAUUGCACAGUUGUCACCUUACUGAAUGUGUCCAACAGUUCUUUGAAACUUGAUUAUUAAGCAAACCCUUGUAUAACUUCAGGUGCUAGAAUUAAAGAUGAUCUAACCAUUAUCAGGGGGUAAGCAUAUUGCCUCUUUCUGACUCUUCUAAAACCUGGUUCUUUUUGGAGGGUGGGGGAACGAAGGAGGUGAUGGAAUCUAAUUAGGAGAUUAGUGUGCACAUCCACACGACUUUCUUCAAGCUUGAAAGUGAAGUCAUCUUAAUUGUGAUAGAUGGUAAAAGCUGGCAUUUAUUUUGACUUAAAAUGUGUGAUCAGCAGUCUGCUCUACAAUUCCACUGUGCUUCCAGCUGUGCUGUCAGGUGCUGUGCCAUAAAUCUGCAAUGUCUGCUGAGAAAGCAGUGUUGAAACAAGUUCUGGUUACCUUUCCUGCAGCCAAGCAUUAGACCUCGAAGCAACACUAGAGCCAUGCAGAGCAGAGGAAUUCAGAGACAGUCAGGCUGUGUAAUUCUGAGUUUGAGAGAGUGAGUAGCUCUUCCUUCCUCCCUUGAAGUAAAGUUCCUGGGCAGUGAAAGUCUGCGUAUGAAUAAUGUGUAAAAAAUUCAAAGCAGGAGUUAUGGUGAAAGUACAUUUGGGAGAUGGAUUACAUUUUUCAAGUCAAAUGUAAGAAAUUACAGCCUGUAGCAAAGAUCAUGUGUUUCAUUGUCUCUAAUAUGAAAAGCUCUCUGGAGUCAAGUCACUAACUGUAGAGUAUUAGAAUGAGUUAAGACAACAAAUUGCAGCUUGCACAUUGAGGCUAAAGCUGUGAGGUGCAAGUAUGGUUAUUAAGUUUCAUCUUAUUUUUUUGGCAGCUCGCUCAUGAGAGAUUGAUCUUAAAAUAAAGCUGCUGCAUAUAUAAGUCUUUUAAUAUGUAACUAAUUCACAGAGAAAGUGGAGAGCACCACACCCUUGCAUUUCCUCGUAUGUAAAGCAAAAUUGCUUUGAGGUGGUUGAUGCUAAGCAGCCUGCUCCUGUAAACACAAUAAACUUCAACAAGCUACUCAGAAGUGGGAAUGGAAAUUUGCUCUGAGAGUUUGAAGCAAUGUGGUAAUUGAUCCUGUUUUUCUGACUUGCCAUUCCUACUCGGUAGCAUUAGCUGCAACUGGUCGUUGUGUUCAAAGGUAAUGAAGGAAAAUGCUGCUUCAGUCCCCAGUGUGAGUUUGCAAAGUACAACGGGGACCUUGUUGGCCUUCUGACAGUAGAGCUGACAACAGUAGCUCCAAGCUGUACACCUCGGGCUAUUUGUGAAUUGACAUUGCCACCUGUAGGAUAGCAUUUCAGAUGACAGCAUAAAGGAAAGCUUUUUGAGCCUUCACCUGGCAGAAGAAAUGCUUAAAGUUGUCACUUUUUUUUGUAGCCGUUUCCACAUCUAUAAAUCAUUGAAGUUCAUGCUUAAUGAGUUUGGGGUGCUUAAAACAUAUCCAUGAACGACCUGCUCCUGCUAGGGCACAGAGAAGAAGGUCUGGGUCUUUGUUUCAAAGCACAAAAUAACUCUCCUCGUUUCAGAAUCUGCAGCUCCUGAGACUGCUGCUUGCCUGGAGGACUAGGAGUGACUUGCUUAUAGGUAAAAGCCUUUUUAUAAAAUUGGAAAAGUUUUAUGGGUUGGUCAUCCAUAACUGGGGAAGAGCACUUCCCUGUAAGAAAGUUUUAGUUCCGUAUCCCUGCUUUGAUUAAUGGAUUUCCUUUCUCUGACUUAAAUGUUCUGCAUCAGUACUCGUGUACUAGUAACAUGCACAAGUAAAGAGGAUUUCCAGAGGUACUGCAUUACCUCCUCUUAAAUCUGCUGCUUUUUGUGGUACGGCCUGUUGUGGUGAAGUAGAACUGCUGGUACUGAUGACAAUUAGAAAAUUACCUUGAUUGCACAGGAAAGAGAAAAAUAAAAAUAAUGAGAGGAUGACUGGCUGAGUCUGUUUCCAGCCUGCUGCACUGGGUGUCUGCAGGGACUGCCUCCCUGCAACCAGUCAGUCAGUACAGCAAAAUUGCAAAGCUGUGUAGGAACAUGAAGUGGACGAUCCUCCCAUCAAAGUUGUUCUGCUAUUUUGUCUUUUUUCAUUAAUAAAAAUUUGCACUGUCCUGCAGUGCAGAGUACAUAGGCAAUGCCCUCCCUCUUCCUGCACAAAAAAAAAAAGGGGAAGAUUGCUGUUCCUCUCCCUGAUGACACUGAUUGUUACCGUUGGCUGUGUAGCAGUGCUCCAUGUUUAGGCUGUCAAGCAGGAGGGCUGAAAUAGCCCCAGCACUGCAGCCAUUGCUGAGUGGGGUUCCCCCACUGUCUUAUCCUGUAAUGAGCUCAUUUCAAACAGAAGAUUCCUGAAGUCAGUCACUACUGGCUGAGCACCACCUGAAGUUACCCGGACUUAUUGAGAAGUGUGGUGCCUGGAGAAGCUCAGGAAUCUGCUAAGCAGUUUCUUUGCUUGCUAAGGAUUUGUUCGCUUGAUUUAGGCAUAGAUUUUGGUAGCCUUGUACUGUCCCAUGCUCUAGCCUGAGUGCAGGCAUGCAGCACAUCAGGUGCAGAUGUGGGAAAGUAGGACUGCCUUAGCGACCUUUUGCUGGGAAGGCAAAGUGCUUUAAACGAGGAGCAGCAGAUUUUGAAAAGACAGCAGACUAAAUUACAACGAGAGCAUAAAUCCCUGAGAUGCCAUUGCGAAUGUGUGCUGUGCUUGCUUUGUGUAGCUGUGCUGGGCUUUUGCAGUGAGACCACAGCUAUUUUGGAGAGUUUGAGAGCUUUUUGUGGAUGGAACAUGAAGAGUAGAUGGUGUCCCACACCACAGCUAGAUUGGAUUAAUGUGUGUAAUAUAAUUCGUGGUAUUCCUGAGACAGCCCGCAAACAGCGUGCAGAGCUGAAUGCAUCUUCUUAUUGCUGGAAUGCGAGUUCUAAUCAGCACAGCUACUUUUUAAACUGGAUCAUGUGAACUGAAGUGGGGUACGAGGAGUAUUUGGCACUCAUUAAUCAGUACUGACAGUACUUCAUGCAUUAUUUUGUUCUUUAAAAGUGCUUCUGACAAGGUUCUGACACUGCAAAGCCCAGGCACUGAGAAUUCUAGCAGUAUUAAAACCUCUUGGCUCCUCACCUCUGAGUCCUAGACAUUAAUUAACCCAUAUUAUGGCAAGUUUUCAUUUCAGCUGAACCUGGCUGAAGAGUGAAUUGUCUGAAUGCAUCCCACGUUCCUCACGAUGAAUAAAAAUGAAUGAACUUACACCAGUGAUGUAAAUGUCUUAUAUUCCUUAAAGUCUUUGGUCAAGUUGGCCUUCAAGACCUAUCUGGGACCGUGCAUCCAGUCCACUACUGAAACAAGGCAAGGUGAGAACACAUGGGCAGCUUUCCUCUGACAGCCACAGUGUCACACAUUGACUUGCAUGUGGCUUGAGGGGGCAAUGUCCUCAUGGGGCCCUUUGCGUGGAGUUACUGUGCUUACAGGCAAGGUAAAAAUGGAAUACAGGAAAUAUAACAAAGCAUAUAAAUAAUAUGAAAGAGGGCCAUGUGUCAGUGCCACUUCAGAGUAUUUUGUUCUGUGAAGUCUGAAUAGCUAGGGGAAAGGAGAAGCGUUUAUAAAUAGUUCUGUAGAAAUCUGUAUGGAAAGAAGGUAGGACGUUUGCAAUCCAAAGCACUAAAUGCAUGUUCAAGUACAAUGUCUUAAUUUCUAUAUGGUCUGCCAGAGUUUGGUUGUGUUGGGAAUGCAGGAGCAAAACAGAGCUGGUAAUGUUUGACUGUCGUCAGCCACACGUGUGGUUUGCAUCCAGAAAGUUAUCUGAGCAGUGGGAGGCUGUGCAUAAGUGAGGGAUCUAAAUGAGGAUUGCUGUUAGUGGGAGGUAAAUGCAGUCACAUUGUCUAGGUGCCAGUUCUGACAUUCUCUUGAGCAGGGAAAUCUGAACGCAGUAUCAACCGUUGACAGUGGAACAAAAUUUGAAUAUUUCUUUCCUUCCUGCUUCCAGACUUUGUGUUUUCACACCAAGUCCACGUGUGCUUUAAUAUCUUGUACAGCCUGCCUAUCUCUCCUUGCUUCACAGAAUGUCAUGUUCCUCAACUGCUGGUUUUUGGUCUCAUUUUAAAGGGUGUUCAUCCCUAUCUGUUCUCUUGGGAGACUGAGCCCUUCUGUGUCUCAAGAUGAUUUUUUGUGUCUGCAAAACAAUGAAGUGCUUUGAUGCAUUUAUGGAGUGAUGUGUUGACAACACGAACCGAUAGCUUCUACUUACAAGCUCAUCCCUCUCGUUUGAAAAGCUUUGAGUCAUUUUGAGAACUAUGUUUUCAAAAGCACUGCUUCCUUAUGUAACUUUCUCUUCUAACACCACUUCUGAAAUCUCCUGUAAUUCCAUUUUAUGUCCUGGAAGGGAAAGGGAAUUGAGAAUAUCUCAUGUUCUGACUGUUUUGGCACAUCUUUGUCUUGCCGAUUGCUAGUGUGCAAGUUGCACACUGAAGGUGCUCACCUCUCUAGACCAGUUGUCUCUGAACUCGUUUUCUGCUUGCUCUCCUUCUGUAACAUGAAAAGGAAGAUAGACCUGUUCUUGUUUAUCUUAACCGACUUCAGAGCAUCAGAUUCCCCAUUAUGACAGCUAGCUGCACAGUGCUAUCCACAUCUAAUUCCACACUUGGUUGGUUUUGUAAGAUGUCUGGCAAGACAUCCCACGCUGUCAAGUCCUGAGAGCUGGGCUCUCUCACUGCUGAUCUCUUGUUCUGCAGUGAGCUGCUCUGUUGUAACCUUAUCACUUCUCAUGUCUUCGGAGGGCAAGCAGAGAGCAGUCCACCAUUUCCUAGUUUUGCCAUGGCAGCCAUCUGGGUUCUUGUUACCACGCUGCUCUGCAGACAGGUCUGCCGUGCUGUCUCAUUUGUUUGCUGUCUGUAAAUAGAGAAAUCUGUAAGGGUGUCAAUGGUUGCGUGCAAAAACACAGCCAAAGGAAGUAUUAGCAGUUGUUUGCUUCUGAAUCAUGAAGGCAGGAGGAGCCCUGGAGGAGCAGCACAGGGAAUGACACAUAUAACACAGGGUGGAGGUUUGAAAUACCUUCUGGCUAUAAGCUCUGUGCUGGGACCGGUGCCGUCAUUCCUACUGGAAUUGGAGGAGUGUCUGAACUUUCAGCAUCUCACAGCGCUCAGCCAGGCGGUGCUGAGGGCUGGGACCAUCCCUUGGGUAGAGCCUCACUGCUGCUGUGUGGUGCUGCAGACACUUGGCCAUCCCCUUUUGGAGGUCGGUUGCAGCAGAGGGGUCACUUCGCAAUGUAAUUUUUCGGAUAACUGAGAUACCAGUCCUGAGGAAAGAAUGCAGUACAAAAACAGAACCAGCAGAUGGAGACUGGAAUCAAGCUUCUUUUUUUUCCCCACAUAUUACUGAAGGCUUCUGUAGCAGUCCAUCAGCACAGCCUCGAGUUUGUUGUAUGCCAUUUCCCACAUUUAGAUACUGUCAGGAUGAGCAGGGGAUGAAAGCUAACAAGCCAGUACAGGGCUGCUGUAGCAAUUAGGACUGUAUAAAUGGAUAAAAGCAGCACGCAGUCCUCUGUGGGACACUGACAGGCAGUGUAUAUACACGUCUGCCCAUUGUUUCUUGGUGGCUGUUGGGAAAGUCAUAGUGCUUCAAUUUCCUUUCUGUAAGAUUUAAUGAUGCUGACUCCUCUGUAAGGUGCUUUGGGACUGUGGGAUGAAGUUGUUUAUUAUAUUGGAAAGAAACUAAAAUUGUAAUGAUUGUAGUAAGGAACCUUUAGAAGCACUAUUAGCCUUUUGAAAGAAAGAUUAAAUACAGAAAUAUGAUGGAUACAAUGGUUUCAGGCUCUUAACGCUCUAAAUGCUCAAUUUUUCAGAUAAAAUUGUUAAGCCCAAUUUGAUGAGCUUUUGUUUUGGCAUGAGAAAAACCAAACAGCAGCAGCCCUCCUUCCUUCAUUCCCCAAUAGAAAAUAUUAUACUACCUAGGGCACUGCCUUGUGGCAUCCCUGGUGUAGAUGUGGAGUACCUGGAGCCUCCUCUGCCCAUCCCCGUGGUGUGUUGCCUCCUUAUGGCUAGCUAAGGAUACAGUGUACCUUGCAGCCCCCCAAAAAUGGUGUAGCAUUUCUUCUCACUCAUCUGAAGAUAUCAGAUGGGUACAGAGGUGUCCCCUUGGCUGUCACUGCUGACAUACAGCAUCUUGUGUUGCUCGAGAUCAAGCACAGCUAGGUGCAGAAGCAAGAAAUGGUCCAUACAAAUGACUGAGGCUCUCAAUUCCUACAUGUGCCAGAAGAGAAACUGAGUAGCUCUAGACUCUGUCUACCUUCUGAGCAUCGUCCCAUCCAGACAGCAGCCUGAGGGCAUGGACAAAUCCCUUUGCGUCACUACGAAUUAGCGGUGGAAGGAGUCAUAAUCUUAUUGAGGAACUGCUUUGUCUGUGGAUGGAAAGCAGUCAGAGCAGUGUGGAGUGGCACAGCCUGCAGCCCUGCGUUGGGGAGCUCAGCCCCAGCCCUCCACUGGGCACACUGACACAAGUUUUGGGUUUGUCUCAGUGCCUUUCCUGUUAGACAGACACUGAGAUCUGUCUGUCCUUCAGAGCUCACCUGCUGGCUGUGCUGUAUAAAGAGAAUCACCUGCAGCUGCACGGAGAGGCAUCUCCUCUAGGAGGUGGUUGGUCAUGGACACAAUAUUUUGCUGGGAAAUUUCCUGUGCCCCAAACAUGUGCUUCCACCCCAUUAUAUUUCAAGAACACCCAACCUGAAGCUGUUCUCUGCUGGGUUUUUUUGACUUGUUGUUGAAGACGUUCAGCAUCAUCCAGUGACUCAGCAGGUAGUUUUCCACUCCCUUGCAGCAUGCUGUACACCAGCACGGAAGGUCAGGGACACAGUCUGUCUGCCUCAGCUCUGUUGCCUGUUUAAUGUCUGUGGUAAUUUCAAUGUCUCGAGGCAGUGUUCUUGCUCAGUGUAGUACUUGCUCAGUGCUCUGUCUGAAAGUGCAGCAGCAGUGAGCCCCAGGGGGGAGCUGAUGAAAUGAGAAGCCUCUCACUGUUGGCUGUCAAAGAAUACGCAGUGAAGGUUUGACAUGGAGCAUGAAAAAAGAGACUUAGACUGGUCCUACUAGCCUACCAGGAAGGGGUUAAGGGCUUGACCCAUCCACCUUCCCAAAAUAAAGACGAAAUGAAAAUACUUGUGGCAAAUUUAAGGAGAAAGAGGGUUUAACAUGAACUCAGUGGACUGAACAGUGAAUGACUAAGUGUGUAUCCCACGUCUAUGAAUUUCUUUCAGCUUGAAACAGGUUCCUUCCACCAUGGUGCUGUGGCCAUUGCUUUCAGCCUGCUGCCCUCCACGCAGCUUUGAAGGAGAAGCACUCUGGACCUGGUUGUUUGUGACACCUGGGGCGUGCUCACCUUUGUUUCUGAUGCUGAAAAACCAUUAAUAGUGGGAUGCAAAAUGAUGGCAUCCCGACCACGUGCACCCAUAGGACUCAGAAUGGCGAUUGUGUUGGAAGGGACCUCAAAGAUGAUUUAGUUCCAACCCCAUGCUGUGGGCAGGGUUGCUGCCUACUAGAUCAGACACUACAUCAGUUUGCCCUGAUAGUAGCGUGGAGUAUUGAAAAUGGAUGGAAAUACUUGAUCUGAUUCUGAGAAAAUCACACACACACACACAAAAGAAGCAGGCAGCUGGGGAUGAGCACAGGAGAGGGCCACGCAGUGCUGCUUGCUGCCCUGCGUUGUGUCUCACACAGCCAGCCCCAGGCGUGGGAGCUUCUAGCUGCAGGAGCCGUGGUGGAUGAGAAACGCGGCUCGUGUCCGGCUGAUUGCUGUCUGCCUGAAGGAUCCCUGCUGGAAAGAGUCGGGGACGGCAGCGGGUUGGGAGAUGGCUGAUGUCAGCGCGAUGGGCCCGUAUCUGUGGCAACCAGAAUAAAUAAAUAAAAAAAAAAAAAAA